UCACAUAAGCUGAUGUGCACCUUAACUUCAACCUCGCUGUUAUGGAGGCCUUUGCCAGCGGUGGAAAGAAUGGGAAUAACAAGAGGCAAAAGGAAACUCACCUUGACUUCUGUAGCACCUUCCCUCAGAAAGAUCUCUUGGGAGCUCCACCCAUGGAUCCACACCCAAGUCUGCUGAUCACCUUGGAGACCCAGGAUGGCUACCUCUCUCACCGACCUAAAGAGAAACUGCGUACAGACAGCAACAAUGAGAACUCAGUCCCCAAGGAUUUUGAGAACGUUGACAACAGCAACUUUGCACCCAGGACUCAAAAACAGAAACACCAGCCAGAGUCGGCAAAGAAGCCCCCGAGUGGACAGAAACACCGCUUGCAGAGGAAGUUAGAGCCACAGGACAAGGGGCAGGGACAUUCCAUCGUGGGGAAGGGCCCCACUGAGGUGCUGCCUCCUGGUGAGAAGGCUGCAGCCAACAGCAGCCGUGGGAAGGAUGCUCCCAGACAGCCCCACGCCAGGAAGAGCGGCGGCAGCUCUCCCGAGACCAAGUAUGAGCAGCCACCCAAGUGUGACAUCUCGGGCAAAGAGGCCAUCUCUGCCCUGUCACGCUCUAAGUCCAAGCACUGCCGCCAGGAGAUCGGGGAGACCUACUGCCGCCACAAGCUGGGGCUGCUGAUGCCUGAGAAGGUGACUCGGUUCUGCCCCCUCGAGGGCAAAGCCAGCAAGAAUGUUCAGUGGGACGAGGACUCCGUGGAGUACCUGCCGGCCAACCCGGUCCGAAUCGCCUUCGUCCUGGUGGUCCACGGCCGUGCCUCUCGGCAGCUGCAGCGCAUGUUCAAGGCCAUCUACCACAGAGACCACUUCUACUACAUCCACGUGGAUGAGCGCUCCAAUUACCUGCACCGUCAAGUGCUCCAGUUUGCCAGGCAGUACAGCAAUGUCCGCGUCACCCCGUGGAGGAUGGCCACCAUCUGGGGGGGAGCCAGCCUCCUGACCACCUACCUGCAGAGCAUGCGGGACCUCCUAGAGAUGCCUGAUUGGCCCUGGGACUUUUUCAUCAACCUCAGUGCUGCAGACUAUCCCAUCAGGACGAAUGACCAGCUGGUAGCCUUUCUCUCCAGAUACCGAGACAUGAAUUUCUUGAAGUCACACGGCCGGGACAAUGCAAGGUUCAUUCGGAAGCAAGGCCUGGACCGGCUCUUCCUGGAGUGUGAUGCCCACAUGUGGCGUCUGGGGGACCGGCGUAUCCCUGAGGGUAUCACCGUGGAUGGUGGCUCUGAUUGGUUCCUGCUGAACCGGAAGUUUGUGGAGUAUGUGACAUUUUCCACAGAUGACCUGGUGACCAAGAUGAAGCGAUUCUACUCUUACACCCUGCUUCCUGCUGAGUCCUUCUUCCACACAGUCCUGGAGAACAGCCCCCACUGUGACGCCGUGGUGGACAACAACCUGCGUAUCACCAACUGGAACCGCAAGCUGGGCUGCAAGUGCCAGUACAAGCACAUCGUGGACUGGUGCGGCUGCUCCCCCAACGACUUCAAGCCCCAAGACUUCCACCGCUUCCAGCAGACAGCCCGGCCCACCUUCUUUGCUCGCAAGUUUGAAGCCGUGGUGAAUCAGGAGAUCAUUGGGCAGCUGGACUACUACCUGUACGGCAACUACCCGGCGGGCACCCCAGGCCUGCGCGCCUACUGGGAGAAUGUGUAUGAGGAGGCCGACGGGGUGCACAGCCUGAGCGAUGUGGCGCUCACCCUGUACCACUCCUUCUUGCGCCUGGGCCUGCGGAGGGCCGAGUCCUCCCUGCACACCGAGGGCGAGAACAGCUGCAGGUACUACCCAAUGGGCCACCCAGCAUCUGUCCACCUCUACUUCCUUGCUGACCGCUUCCAGGGCUUUCUGAUCAAGCACCAUGCUACCAAUUUGGCUGUGAGCAAACUGGAGACGCUGGAGACAUGGGUGAUGCCAAAGAAGGUCUUCAAGAUUGCAAGUCCGCCCAGCGACUUUGGGAGGCUUCAGUUUUCUGAGGUCGGCACAGACUGGGACGCCAAGGAGCGGCUCUUCCGCAACUUUGGUGGUCUCCUGGGGCCCAUGGAUGAGCCGGUAGGGAUGCAGAGGUGGGGCAAAGGGCCCAACGUGACCGUGACCGUCAUUUGGGUGGAUCCCGUCAAUGUCAUCGCAGCCACCUACGACAUCCUGAUCGAGUCCACUGCGGAAUUCACCCACUACAAGCCCCCUUUGAACUUGCCCUUGAGGCCUGGGGUCUGGACAGUGAAAAUCCUCCACCACUGGGUGCCCGUCGCAGAGACCAAAUUCCUCAUUGCACCUUUGACUUUCUUAAACAGGCAGCCCACCAGACCAGAGGAGGCACUGAGGCUGCACAAUGGGCCCCUCCGCAGUGCCUACAUGGAGCAGAGUUUCCAGAGCCUAAAUCCAGUCCUCAGCCUGCCCAUAGUCCCUGCCCAGGUGGAGCAGGCUCGGAGGAAUGCGGCCUCCACAGGCACAGCACUGGAGAACUGGUUGGACUCACUAGUGGGCAGGAUGUGGACCGCUAUGGACAUCUGUGCCACAGGACCUACUGCCUGCCCAGUCAUGCAGGCCUGCAGCCAGACAGCCUGGAGCUCCUUCAGCCCCGAUCCCAAGUCAGAGCUGGGGGCGGUCAAACCUGAUGGCCGGCUCAGGUAGCACUGGCCACGUGUGGGCCACAGCACACUCUCGGGGCCCCAAGCCUGGCCUCCCACUCUGGGAGAAGAAGGGGGAAGGUAGGUUUGGAGGCCAGAGUGGACCAGCCUGCAUUUGCCAAGCUGGCUUCUGGAGUGGGGGUGGCUCACUGCCAGCACCAUGGUGGUCUCACCCCUUCUGGGUGACCCUCCACUCCUGCAGGUUCCCGUCUUCCCCUUCAGUGAUCUGGAUCGGUCCUCCCACGCCACCCCAACACAAGUGGUUUUCAAAUCCUUUUCUGAGCAGCAGAACUCUGUUCACUCAGCUUGGUAGGAGGUGGAUGUUCAGGGUAAAGCUAAAGCCCAGGCUGCUGGAGGUCCCUUGGCCAGGGGUGUCUCCUCAGGUCCCUCUCCUGAACCCAAGGGCUCCACACAACCCAGUGAGACAAGCACUGCCCAGCCUGAAAGUAGGAAUUCCAGCUGCCCUUCUGCUUCUCUCCCUGCUCCUGUGGCUCGGAACCCACCUUGAAACAACAGGCCACUGAAGGUCACAGGCGAGGGCCUCUCCCGGGUAGGUGGCCGGUAUGGGAGGAAUGAUUCCAAGCCUCCCUCCAGCCCCUCUCCUGUUGAGCUGUUCUUUCCGAUAACUAGAAGAGCAAGAAAGCCAUUUGGCCAAGGUCUAUGUGGGCAUAUGGCUGCCAGUUGUCCAUGGCUGCAGGCCAUCCUCCCUCUGGGCUGUUACAUGUGGCAGUAGAAAUGGGGUUGUUUCAUGAGCAUGAGCCUCAUGUCUCCAAGUGAUUCACUGCCUGCAAGACUGAGACCAUGGCCUCUUUGGUCCUCGAGACUGGGGAUCAUGGCCAUGGAACCCACAAGAGUUGGCUGGGAAGAAGACUCCUGGGCUGGACAGCGCAGCUGUGCCCAUCACCUGCCAGAGCCCUCCCGUGCUGAGGUCAGGCUGCAAAGCCUUCGCGGAUCGCACAUUUGGUGCUGGUGGCAGUGACCAAACUCACAGACCAGACUUCUCACAUCCAGAAAAAAAGCAUUUCAGAUUUGGUUCUCAAUUUCACGCCCUUCCUUUUCCAGGGUGCCAACAGGCCCAUCUGGACAUGCAACAUAAAAAUGGUUGAGUUUCAAGAGUGUUCCGAAAGGUGGUUUUAAAUUUACAAAAAUACAUAUAUAUAUUAGCCGAAUUGCUUGAGUUACCAGAAAACGGAAUGGUUUCCUUGCCACAUGCCCCAGGCGGGCCAUCGUCCUGGUGAGCCCCACUUCCUCCUUGACCUCCACAUCCUCUGAAUGACAGGGUUCCCUGGGGAAAAUCACGCCUGUCCCUCCCGCAGUCAGCCAGUCCUUGGCGUUUCCCCAGCGCAGGUGUGAAGUGACUGUGGUCCCCCUCUGUGGCCCGUCUGCAGCGCUGCCCUUUCCCACCCAGCAAAGCAAGAUGUCCCAUUGGCAAUGGAGGACAUAGAGAAGGGACACUAGAUAUUUAUUAUUUAAUAUGUUUUAGUCAAUGACUAAUUAGUAGGUGCUGUUUUUGCAGCUUGUCAUUUAUGUUCUCUAACUAAAGCUGCCUUUAUUCACAAAAGGCUCCCUUCCUCUCCCUUCCCACCCCUAGUCUGUCUGUCCGCCUCUCUCUAAUUCUGUCUCUGUCUCCAGAUGUCAGCCCUACAUCCUCCUUGUUCUCAAAAAAGCAGGGGUGUUGGACACCAUAAGAAAGCUUCAGCUGGCCUCAUCUACCAGCCUGAAGUAGGUGCCUUUGGGACCUCUGGAGCCUCAGUUGUUUUUAUGCAGGGUGUUACCCCCAUCCGCCCUUUCCAGUGUGGGAGUGCUGCAAUUCCUGAGCCAUCCCUGCCUGCCCAGGCACAGGGAUGGGAUGGCUGAGGCCUUGUGGAGGAGGCAGUGUGCUGGCUGCCUGCCUGCCUGCCGAGAGCUGCCUGGAGCUGCUGGGUCCAUGGGGACAGCCUGUGGCCCACCUAACCAUGAGACUUGAUAGGGCUGUGACAGAGGGGAAGAGGGUCCUGGGAACCAGCCAGGACAGCCUAGGAGAUAGCUGUUACCCACAGUGAAUUCAGACCUCAGAGUGGCUUCCUUAGGAAGUCCAUGGGAUCUCUGAGUGGCUUCACAAACUAUGAGAACCACCAAGCCAGUGCCACAUUCUCUUGCUUCCGCAAGCUCUGCCUCUGGCCUGGGCUCCCCUGAGGCUGCUGAGGUCUACGAGACUCCCCCUUUUCCUUUCCUGCCCAGCUUUCAGGCCCUGCAUUUUCUGCAGUGUUAUCUUCACUGGCUUCAGGAGCUCAACCCUGGCAGGUCCCUGUAUACAAUGGGAGCUGCAGACACCGAGGCAAGGCCCCCUCCUGACCCACUGAAACCUCUGACUUCUUCCAUCCUAGAACGAGUGGAGAAGCACAGAGAUGGCUUAGUCUGGGGACUGCCUUCCUCCCCUGAGGCGUCCCUCACUUAUAACUUAAUCCUGGGAGCUGGGAAGUCACAUCGGUGUUCCUUUGUUUCCUGUUUUUGGUCCAGAGAAUAAUUUUGCAGAUGUUGCAUUUGAUAAGAAGAUUCCAAACAAUGCCCAGCAUAAUUUGAGAAAAAGAGAUGUUUCCCAGGAAAAACAGUAUUAACUCUUUUACUUUUAAUAUCUGCCUGAUAACUGAUUAGUUGGAGGCCAUGGGCCAGGCAUCCUGGAGCUGGAGCUGUCUGGGGAUUCCUAUCUCUUUGGAAGCCAUGCUCUUUGGAAACCCUGCUGCCGUCUGUAGAGGUUGGGAGUGAUGGGCUUGGCCGCUGAUCGGGUCCCUAGAGUUUCAGAAGGCUAAAAGACGAGAGAUGGGUGUCAGCUUAUGGAGAGAGGGAUGUAUAUGUAGAAGGUAGUCAUCUGUGCCUUCCCCAGUCACCCAGUGACAUCGGGCAGAAAAGAAGCUUAGAAGGUUGCCAGUAUUUCCAAAUCCCACUCAAAAUCAUGUGCAAAGCUGUAGUCCCCAAAGAGGAAGUGAGCCAUUUCUCAAGGCCCCCUUUGCUUUAAGGAGUACGCCCCUUCCUUGCACUAGAAGAAGUCUUUCUGGCCAGAUUGAGAGUCCUGGCUUUAUUUCUCAUCGUUAGUUUUACUUUUACACUUCACAUGGAGUUUGCAGAGGUUAAGAAAGGCUACACAACCCCUACCCAAGAAGGUUGGUUUACCACAACUCUAGGAACAUGCCUGCUUCCUCCUGGUUCUCUAGUUUGCAGAUACACAAGGAGGACAUUGGGUGGGACCGAUCUCUGCCAAAAAAGCAUAGAAUUGAUAAGAGCGGUAGCUUCAGGUGUGGGGCAUAAAGGAGGAUGCUUUUUACAACCACAUCCACUGAGUGUUUUAGAUGUCAGCACGCCGGCAGCAUCUCAAAGGUGGAAGGACAUGGGACACCACUAUCAGCAGGCUCAGCUUAGAGCAGGCAGAGGUUUGCCACGUCAGAGGGCCACUCAGUGGCAGGACUCCUGAGGGCUCAGUGAGCUCCAGGACACAAACCAAAGAGCGAAGCCAUGGGCGCAGGACAAUGAGAGUGGUGGGGACAGUGGUCUUCCUGACAUAGGUGGGUCCCAUCCAGAAAGAGCAGCUGCUACUGAGCUCCAGCCUGUCACUGCAUGUAAGGGUACAAGCCCGUUGCAGUGGCAUCUUCCCAUUUGGUGAGGGAAGCCAGAAAUCCUUAUCUUUACAGAAAAUAUGACCUUUCAGCGUUAGCUAUUCUUUAUUAACAGUGUGUGAGAAAAAAAAAACCUCAUCGUUCCACUCAUGCAUGCCCAGAAAAAUGCUCUGGGCAGAUGGCUUCAGAUGAGGUGAGGUCUUGCCCAGUGAAACAGGGAAGAGCAGAAGAAUAACGCUUGUUGAAUUUUGCAGAUAACGGGGAUCUCUGACUGGUCAUUCCCCUCCCACACAGGAGGGCAGGCUUGUUAGCGCUCCUGGUCCCAAGAUAGUUAUGUGCCGGAGAGGAGGAGGAAUGCAAUCCAGAGGCCUGGGACGUCCCCCUUUAGAUUUCCAGAAGUCCUCGCAUUCCGGGACUCCAGCAGGGCAGGCAGAAAUGAUGACGGGGUCCAGCAGGAGGGAUCCGUGAGCGAGACGGCAGGGCUCUGUCCAGAUCCCAAGUCUUGGCAACCAACCUGCCACACCUGGAAGUUUCUUCCAAAACCAAGUGCGGCUGUACUUUGCUCACAGAAGUUCUCUUCGCUUCUGCCUCAGUUGCCUGACUUUGCCCAUGGGUCCACCACAGGCGCUACCUCACUGUGUCUGCUGAGAAGUUUACCCGGGGGGCGUGAAGGUGUCCAUGUCUGCUGGAGCGAAACGUACAAUCUAUGCAAAUUCCCUCUCUCUCUCUCCCUCUCUCUCCCUCUCUUUCCUCUCUCUCCUUUCUCCCUCCGUCUCUUUCUCUACCUUAGAAGUUCUUUGUUGUUGUUGCUGUCGUCGUUUUACCUUGAAAACAAGAUACUGCACAGGACCCUCUUAAGACUGAGGGGGCGGCUUUCAAAGUGCCGUCUGUAUCUACCCCUCACACUGUCUUUGGUUCGUCUCCUGCCAAGCCCUGUGCAGGGGGAAAGCGGCCUCUGCCCUCUCCGCUUGGCUGGGAGUGCUCCGACCGCCCCUGCCUGCAGGCACACCAGGAAGCAGGCUCCGCACCGGGCACCCCACUGCCCAUACUCCCUUCUCCUCCCUUCAUUCCCCCCAACUUGCUUCUCCUACGCACCCCCACAACCCCCCAAAAAGCCUUAGGUUUCUCCUUUUUGAAAUGUGGCCUUAAAAUUAUUUAGGAAAGCUGGCUGUCCUCUUCCUCGGAUUUUCACCACUAUCCAGAAGAAAGAGCACCUCGAAACUCUGUGGUGGCUGCCCAAGCCAGGGGGCUGCCGAUAUGGAGUUUGUAGAUGCGAUAGAAAUCGCUUACCAAUGUCACCCUUAAGAAAAAUGCUCUUGUGUUUUUCCUAUGGGCACAGUGGAGGCUUGAGAGCUCAUGUAAACCUUAGCAGAUGCCUGAAGCACCUUCUUCACGAGCUUUGCCACUGCGAGGGCUGGCUGAGUGACCCGCAGGGAGCUCACCGUCUUGGCUUUCCAAACCUCCCCUUCCCCCCAAGACCAGGUGACUUCACGGACUUCAUCAAGGGUAAGUGAGGAGAGUUUCUCAAUUUAUCUCUUCGUCCUUGCUGCCUGGGAAGCGACAGCAUUAAAUAUUCCCAGCCGAUGGGUCGCAUUCUCCCAGGGAUGGUCCCCUCCCUGCCUUCAAAUCUGUCCUUGAUCUUCCAUCGUUCUCCUGCCGAUGGAGGCCAAAGUCAACCCCAGGGUUUUCAUAGGAAAUUCACUGGAAUCGAGCGCAAUCUUCUUUAUAGUCUUUCUGUCUUCUUUUCUUUUAAUAUUAUGUUGUCAAUAGCAUUUGUUUCAGAGGCCUCAUGAUAAAUUAUUACUGCCUCCCUCAUUGUUUUCAAAGACAUGUGGUGAUAUAGUUUUUAAAAAUAACUAUUUUGUUAUAGAUCAUAAUAUGCAUAAAACUGUACAGAAAUAUUUUGUAAUGUAUUGAUUUUAAAAAAGAGGAGCUGUAAAUAAAGUUUUAAAAAACACAGGCAAAGUUCACAUGGCACACACUGAAAGAUGUAGAUAUUUUGCUAUUUAUUUAAAG